AUGAUGAACCUUGAUGAUGACCAUGAUGCGUCAUCAUGGUUAACACUCUCACUACCGAGUGGUGAUGUUGUUAUGGAUGAUUCACUCUCACAACAACCAUCUUCACCACCUUCAUCACCCCUUACACCUAUAACAUUUGAAUACACACCUCCAAUACAUCCUUUUAACCCUCUAACAUUCUUUCAUUCGGACAUCAUGCGCCAUGGUGUUCAUCCUCCUCCUGCUGCUGCACCACUUUCAUAUCAAGAACAACAAGAUAUGGUGAUUGCACCUUCAUGGCUUACACUUUCACUUCCAUUUUAUUCAUCAUCACUACCACCACAGCCAUUAACUCCUUCUCUUUCUCCUCCUAAUGCUAUCAUUAGUAGCAAUAGCGAGGAGCAGGGAAGUCCUUCAAGUAUUCAACCACCAUUCCCAUGGGCUACUUCAAAGCCCGCCACAGUUCACACUCUAGAUCACUUGUUGUAUGAUUUGAAUAUAAAGACUAUUCCAGGUACUCUGGAAUGCAAGUCUUGUAAGUUUCAACAGACUGACUUUCGUUUUGAUUUGCUUGAAAAGUUUGAGAAAGUGGCAAGUUUCUUCAUGGAGGAAAAUAUGAAUUAUCGUGCACCUGAUGUCUGGAUGAAACCGGUGUUUCCAAACUGCACGAGGUGCGGGGAAAAAAGCACAAUGAAGCCGUUGAUUGGAAAGAAAGAAGAGAUCGAUUGGCUGUUUUUGUUUUUGGGUGAGAUGAUAGGGUGUUGCAAUCUUGAGCAUUUGAGGUAUUUUUGCCUACAUGCUAACAUUCAUAGAACAGGUGCCAAAGAUAGAUUGCUAUAUCACACAUAUCUUGGUUUAUGCAAACAACUCCAACCACAAUGA